AUUCACCGGCUCCAGUUUUCCAAGAUGAGUCUCAGCGAGAAGGUGAUUAUCGUGACGGGUGCCAGCAGUGGAAUCGGAGCUGCCAUUGCCCAGGUGCUGGCCCGCGAGGGAGCCACCCUGGCCCUGGUGGGACGCAAUGUCGCCAAUCUGGAGGCCACCAAGAAGAAUCUGAAGGGCGUAAAGGCUGAGAUCGUGGUGGCGGAUGUGACCAAGGAUGCUGACUCGAUUGUCCAGCAAACUCUGGCCAAGUUCGGCCGGAUCGAUGUCCUGGUGAAUAAUGCCGGUAUCCUCGGCAAGGGCGGACUCAUCGAUCUGGAUAUUACGGAAUUCGAUGCUGUCCUCAACACCAACCUGCGCGGCAUCGUGCUCCUGACCAAGGCCGUUCUCCCCCACCUCCUGAAGACCAAGGGCGCGGUCGUGAAUGUGAGCAGCUGUGCCGGCAUCCGUCCGUUUGCCGGUGCCCUCAGCUAUGGUGUCUCCAAGGCGGCGCUCGAUCAGUUCACCAAGAUUGUGGCCCUCGAAAUGGCGCCCCAAGGUGUCCGGGUUAACUCCGUGAAUCCCGGCUUUGUGGUGACCAACAUCCAUCAGAAUAUUGGCAUUGUGGGCGAUGAGUACAAUGGAAUGCUCCAGCGCGCCAUCAACUCCCAUCCCAUGGGCCGUGUCGGCGAUGUCCGGGAAGUGGCCGAAGCUGUGGCAUUCCUGGCCAGUUCCAAGGCCAGCUUCACCACCGGUGCCCUACUCCCAGUCGACGGUGGAAAGAACAAUCUGACGCCUCGUUAAGCUCUCGCUUUCUUACCUAUUUCCUAACAUUCCUAUCCUAUCCCCAACAUCCUACAUCCUCUUUUCCCCAAAAAAAAAUCUUUAUUAUAUUCUGUUUUUUUUUUUUCUUUUUUUAAUAAAUAAGUUGUA